AUGUCGGUCAAUGCUCAAGUGCUUAAAAGUAAUAAUGAAAAUAAUAAAAAUAAUGAUAGAACCCUUAAGCCACUAUUUCCUAAGCAAGCGGAAUGUUCAUAUGUAUCUUGUUAUUGCGAAGAGAACGUAUGGAAACUGUGUCAAGAUGUUUCAUUGAGAGUUCCUGGAGAGUUAGAUAGGUGUUUUGUGGUUUUUAUAUCGAACCCCUGUCGUACGGUGCCUUUGUGGAAACAAAGGGCAGGGCGUGAAGAGGAUCGCCUUGUAAUAUGGGAUUAUCAUGUUAUUUUUCUAUACUCAUGGGAUUCUAAGACUUGCCUUGUCUAUGAUCUGGAUUCAGAGCUCCCAUUUCCAACAUUCUUUCAUAAAUAUGUGACGGAAACAUUUCGCACUGAUCAAGUACUGAAAUCUGACUUUCAUAGAUUCUUUCGUGUAGUCUCUGCUAAGCAAUUCUUGCAACACUUUGCAUCUGAUCGGCGCCACAUGAAAAGACCUGAUGGCUCAUGGAUUAAGCCUCCACCUCCAUAUCCAGCUAUAUGUACAAGUGUAUCUACUCACAACUUGGAUGAAUACAUCAACAUGGAUCUCGGUUCUGGGCCUGGACAAGUUUUCAAUUUGACAGAUUUUGUACAGCGAUUUUAUAAAGUAGAAAAGUAA